UAUAAGGAAUUAGGACUUGGAUAUGAAUCGAUCCAUGUUUGCUACAACAACUGCAUUUUGUUUCGAAAGGAUUAUUCUGAUCUUGAUAAUUGCCCAGUUUGUGGUUUGUCAAGAUGGAAAGACCCACAGAGGAAGAAGAUUCCGCAGAAAGUAUUGCGGCAUUUUCCAUUGGUGCCUAGGCUACAGAGGCUAUUUGUAACCAAGGAGGGUUCAGAACAAGCACAAUGGCACAAGUUAAAGAGGCAGCCUAGUGAGAAGGAAAUGAGUCAUCCAGUUGAUGGUGAGGCUUGGCAAGAUUUUGACAGGGAAUAUCCAGAUUUUGCUAAAGAAGCUAGAAACCUCAGACUUGGGCUAGCUACUGAUGGAUUCAAUCCCUUUGGCAAUUUUAACACGAAGUACAGCAUGUGGCCUGUAUUUGUUGUGCCAUACAACCUUCCACCUUGGGCAUGCAUGGAUCAAUCCAAUCUAAUGAUGGCUCUGUUGAUUCCAGGUCCAUGUUCACCUGGGAAAGACUUUGAUUUAUUUCUACAGCCUCUUGUUGAAGAAUUGAUUGAGCUUUGGAAGGGUGUGCAUACUUAUGAUGCCAUUAUUGACAAAGAGUUCAAACUUCGUGCAGCAGUGUUAUGGUGCAUUCAUGAUUACCCAGCUCUGGCUACUUUGUCUGGGCGUACCACAAAAGGCUAUUUUGCUUGUAUUCACUGUGACAAAAAUCCUCUGUCUUAUGCACUAAGGAAUAAAAUUGCAUAUAUUGGACACUACCGUUUCCUGCCAAGGGGACAUCGUUUGAGGAGGAACAAUGAAUACAGUGGCCUUCAUGGAACCAAUGAUCCACCAGGUAAAUUUACAAAAGCAGAGCUACUAGCAGAAUUAGAGAAGGUUAGACAUGUCAAACCUGGGAUCAAGCAAAAGGAGAGCAGGAAAAGGAAGCGUUCUGCCUUGGAUAGUGACAAAACUGCAAAUGUGAAAAUUUGGAGUAGGAGAGUUUGUCUGUGGGAUUUGGAGUACUGGAAAAAUUUAAAGGUUAGACAUAAUCUUGAUGUCAUGCACAUUGAGAAGAACAUAUGUGAGAGCUUGGUUGGCACUAUUCUCGAUAUACAUGGGAAGACAAAGGACACAGUUAAUGCUAGGCUUGACCUGAGUGACUUAAGAAUUAAAGAAAACUUGCAGUUCAGAGAUGAAGGAGAUACUUCUGAGAUGCCUCGAGCUAGAUACACUUUGUCUAAAGAACAAAAGGUUGCCUUUUGUAAUUUUUUACGGGAGGUCAAGUUUCCAGAUGGCUACGCUUCGAACAUAUCAAGAUGUCUUAAUGCUGAUGGAAGCAAGGUACAAGGCCUGAAAACACAUGAUUGUCAUAUUCUUUUGCAAACAAUCUUACCUGCUGCUUUACGAGGCUUUGUUGACAAGGAUAUAUAUGAAGCAGUAGCUGAGUUGGGAAACUUUUUUAAGCGAUUGUGUAGCAAAACUCUGAACAAGGAUGUGUUAGUUCAAAUGAAUGAAGAAAUUAUUGUAUUAUUGUGCAAGCUUGAGAAAAUUUUUCCCCCGGCUCUUUUUGAUGUGAUGAUGCACCUUCCUGUACAUUUGGUUGAGGAGGCGCUGCUCCGAGGUCCUGUGCAGUAUGGGUGGAUGUACCCUAUUGAAAGGCGGCUGUACACUUUAAAGCGUUAUGUGAGGAAUGGGGCAAGACCAGAAGGUUCCAUUGCAGAGGCAUAUAUUGCAGAUGAAUGCCUAACAUUUUGCUCCAAGUACAUGGACGAUGUUGAAACAAGAUUUAAUAGAGAAGCGAGAAAUGUUGGGUUUUCUAAUGAAGAAGCCUAUGGUGCAGAUGUGUUCGGGCAUGGAGUGAGAUUUACUUCAGCAGCAGAAUUAGUAUAUGAUGAUGGUGGAUUAGAUCAAAUGGUGUGGUAUGUGCUGAACAACUGUAGUCAAGUUGAGGAAUAUAUCAAAAUGUUCAGGGAUGAAUUAGAAAGGGAAGAGGUGUCUAACAUUGAAAAAACAAUUCGACAAGGAUUCCAGACAUGGUUUAGGAACCUGAUGCUGAGAAAGAAUACAGAUGAGGAAAUGGUAGAUGAUGACAUCUUUUCCUUGGCAUGUGGUCCUGAUUUAAGAAUCAAGAAAUACAAGUCAUGUAUAGUUAAUGGGGUGCGGUUUAACACUUUGGACCGUGAUAAGAAUAAGAAGACUCAGAAUAGUGGAGUAAUUUCACUAGGCACACAUAACUCCGAGCUCAUUGAGUUUUAUGGAAACAUAAAAGAGAUCAUCCAGAUAGAUUAUAAUGGUGAUGAUAGGUCAGUUGUGUUGUUCAAAUGUGAUUGGUAUAAACUGGAUGGGAGGAAUGCUCUGAAAGAUGAUGGGUUCUAUAAAAGCAUCAAUGUGGGAAGUCUAUGGUACAAAGAUGAUUCUUUAAUUCUAGCUACUCAGGCUAGAAAAGUGUUUUAUUUGCCAGAUACAAGAUUCGGUAACAAUUGGCAAGUUGUCCAAACAUUUGACCAUAGACAUCUAUACAAUGUCAGUGAAAACUUCUGUACCAUUUAAUGGUCCUGCAUAUCAAGAGGAAUAUUGCUGUGAUGAUCAAGAGGAGGGUAUUAUCCGAACAGUAGUUGAUGAACCAACAACUGAGAUGCCUUUAAAUAGAGAUGAUGAACCAGGACAAAUGUUUGAAGCUUCUGAGAUUUCUCGUUUGAGGAAAGAAAGGCCAACCCUUGUAUGUCAAAGUGAAUGUGAAGAUGGAGAUGAAGUUUUCGAUGACACAUUGGAAGAGUACUGCAGCGAGGAAGAUGGAGAUGCUCUACUUGAAGUUGACAGCGAUGAUGAGUAGUUGUUUUUUUUUUCUUGUUUUAUCUGUUGCUCUUGUUGCAUUCAAACAAUAUAUUUUUUUGUGAUCUUGUGAGCCGUGGUAUGUGGAAACUAUGUAUUUCAACACAUAUAUUUGCAAAAGUGUUGUUGAAAGACCACAUAUUUAUGGAAAAAGUACGAAUUACACUUCCGAA